CGUUUCUAUGGGCAAAAUGCAGGAGGCAGGCUGCUGGUGUACGCUUUACGGGUUUAUUUUGGGGGAAAAUGAAUAUUACGGCACACGUUUGAAUGAUUCAGAGAGUUGAAAACCGAGCAUAUGGGGGAGUAUUAGUUUUCCAGGCGCGGUAGGUUAAGGUUAAAGGGCUGGUUAGCACGUUGUUAGCCGGUAUUUUAGUGUUGAGAGUGUUAAUUCAGCUUUAGCAUUAUUAUUAGCUGCGCUAGCGCAGGUGUUAGCAUUUUGUUUAGGUUAGAUAACUAGCCAAGCCUAGUGUUUACUAUUCAGUGCAUCAUAUAAGAAGAGGUGGAGCACAGGUUGAACACAAUGCAGACACUAUUGAAAUAUAUAUAACCUAGCUAGAAAGGCGACAUGAGUGAUCAAUGAUAAUAAUAACAGCAUGUGAGGAUGGUGGUGGAGGUGUGCAGGGUUUUAACCCAGACGAGGAGAGAUAGGAAGAGAGAUACAGAUAGUAAAAGAGAGAGAGAGAGUAUUAGUAGUAUGUUUGUAGUGACGUCUCUCUAGUAGGCGUGUUUUUGCGUUGGGGGAGUGCUUUGUAGCUUACUGGACGCAGUAAAGUAGAAACCCUACCUAGCUGCAUAGACGAGAGAGAGAGAGAGAGACUUAGAAAGAACGCAGAUAGAUAGAGGGAAAGAGAGAGACCCUCACUAGCCCGUUCUCUCUCCCCCCUCCCCUCUUUUAACCCUUAACCAUUUCUCCCUCCUGCUCCUGUUCCUCCCUCCUCCCCUUCUCCAUCUCCAUCAUUAUCAUCUCCGCGAUGUCGAGCAGCGGGGAUGUCGGCGUGCUCCGGCCGGAGGACAGCGCAAGGAUGCCGGCCUGGAAGCGGGAGCUGCUGGAGCGGAGGAAGGCGAAGGGCGGCGAGACGACGCCGAGAAGCGGCCCCAAGAGCGAGGACGAAGCCACGGGCUCUGAGACGAGGCGUCACGCCGCGUCCCCUGCCACGUCUCCGGUGAAAACAAAAGAUCCCUGGCCGUCGCCUUCCCCCUCGCCUUCCUCCUCGCAUCCCAACGGCCGGGCAAACGACACGGACGACGACGACGGCUGCGAAGACGGCGUGCCAGAGAGCCUGGUCCUGAGCGAGAGCUUGGGACCGCUGCAGGAGAACCCAUUCAUCAAGCUGGAGAAGGAGCGCAAGAAGCGCCGGGAGAAGGAGAAAGCUGCCCGUCCGCUGCAGCACGUCCUGGAGCUGUACGGCAGCGUCCCUGGUAUCAGGACCAUCCGCGCUGAGAACAUCAUCAUCAUCGAGUCCGACCCGGACUAUUUCCCAGAGGGCGCAGGAAGGCUGAAGCACGGGUCCAAGCCACAGCAGAACGGCACAGUAAGUGGCUACAGCUCUCUUAACGAUUUACUGGAUUGCAGAGGCAGUCCAGUCACAGAGAUCCGUGCUAGGGAGGUGGUCGUCUAUGACACAGCACUCAGCAGGAGCGAGGAGAACCUGAGCACCUUGGGACGUCCAGCAGGUGAUUUAACAGAGCUGGUUGGAGAUGGUCAAAGCCAUGGUAGGGUCAGCCGCAUGCUACAGAAGUUUGACAGGAACUAUGGAAAGUUGCAGGGCAAAUCCAGGAGCUCAGAGAACCUCCUGGACCUGGACUCAGGAUCAUCCAGGAUGAACAUAAAUACACGACCCAGGGUUCGGACUGACAUGGUGCCAAAGUAUGCAGCGAGUCCGCAGCCAAGCUCACCGGUUCACCUCUCACAGAACCAGCUGGUGACUCCAGCACCAGUCUUCCAGAACAGCCAGUCUUCCACAACGAAGCCACACAUCUCGGCUGGUGAGUCAGUUAGCAGCAGCAUCAGCACCAGUACCACAGCCUCGGAAUCCCCCCAGCUUGUGUCUUCCUUCCGGCGUCGUUUCGAGGCAAGUGGGGGACGUGGCAUCACUGUCAAUCCCAGAGAAGAAGCUGAGAGGUCCCAAGCCAAGCCUGUGAGGGAGAGGGACUGGGACAGCACAGAUGGGGCCUCCAAAGCCAAGGUGCCAUGCUCUCCGGAGAGCCACCGCGCCCGUGCCGAGUUAUCUUCAAGCCCCGCCACUGCUGCCACUGAGCCGCCCACAUCGCCCAGCUUUGAGAUCCGCCCGUCCCCUCGCCCAGAUCUGUCCACUCUGCCUGCUGGCGACUUGCAGGCACGCGCCCUUGCCAACCUUCGCCUCCAGUCUCGAAAGUCAUUUACUGUCAUUCCUAAGCGCUGCGAGGUUGCCCAGUCAUCCACCAGCCCUGUCCCAUCAUUGGCACCCUCUAGCCCCUCGCCGUCUCUGGUGCCCUCCAGCCCAGUGUUUUCUCCUGAACCUUCCAGCCCCGUCCUGUCUCCGGCGCACACAGUACCAACCCCUACUUCACCCACCUCUCUGCCAGCUGUCCUGUUCACAGAAAAAGUAGCAGUGAUCCCAAAACCUCUGUCGCCAACCAAAACGAAACCUACAUCACCUCUGCACAGCUUCCCCACCCCCCAGACAGAUCCUACACCUCCCUUGCCUAGUUCUCCCUCAAAGUCUAUGCCACCUUCUUCACCACAGGAGCCCAAAGUUGCUGACAAGCUGCCCAUCACAAACAUUGAUGAUGUGGAAGUGGAGCCCUCGCCACCCUUCCCCAGCCCCAUGGUGCAAAGAAGGAAGGGGAACACGUUUACUGUAGUCCCAAAGCGCAGGUCUGAACCCCAGCCUGCCACUACAGAAGCCCAGGAGCCUGCGUCUACGCCCCAAGGUUCGCCAUCCACGCCACAGGCUCCCUAUGCCCAGCUGGGCACCCUGCUGAAAAAGCGCUACCCAGCAGUUGAAGAAAUUGAGGUCAUUGGGGGCUACCUCUCCCUGGGACGCUCCUGUUUAUCCAAGACUGGCUCUACAGGAAAGAAGUUGAAGAUCUCCUUCAACGAGUCCAGCUUGCAGAGCACUUUUGAGUACCCGUCUGAGACCAGUGCCUGGGACAGCGGCGAGGAUGAGGAGGAUGGAGGAAGAGGAGGAGGUGGAGGUGGGGAAGGAGGAUCCGAGGAAGAAAGAUCAGGGAUCAGCAUGGAGAGGCUCCGCAUCCCCCGGCCCAGUUACACCUCCAGCCCGAUCACUCACACCCCCAACAGCACUGAUUUGUCCAACUACACUCCAAAGAACUCUGUAGAGUUUACGGCCUGGCAGGAUCACAAGAAUGAUGACCCUGCACACCUCGGGGACACCAAUUCCCAGAGGACCAACAUGUCUGAGGAAGUUAUGUUAACACCAGCCGAUAGCUCUUCUCUCACAGACUUCAGCAGUGAACCAGCUCUCUACUUCUAAACAUGCAAAAGAAUUGGAGACACAUGGGACCAACCACCAGCCACACACAAGGAGCAGGAGAACCAGUAGCAUCCACCCAAAAUUAUGGGUGGACUCACCAACUCAAGGCUUUCCAUUCUCUCUCUUUCAUCAUUUGGGAAAAACCCAAUACAGCUGAGGCGGAAUCAUCACACACGCUGUGCAGUCUUUACAAUCUGUAGCUCGCUGUCAUUGAUGUCAAGAUGUCACAAGCUUAAAACUAAGCCUGAACUGACUGACUGUAGCUGUCGGAGAGAGUGAGACAAUUUGGACUGUAUCGAAAACAAGCUGGGUGUCUGUCUCACUCUGUCCCACUCUUAAUGUCUGUGUUACUCUGCUCACCUCAUGAAAGUGACCAAAUUCCUCAAACAUGGAGGAGGACGCUUGUACUCGCCGAAUGUAAAUAAAGGGACUGAUGGAGGACGAGGAGUGGACAGUGGAAAAAAUCCUGAAAAGAGACAGUAGGCAUAGAAGACAAAAACUAGUGAACGGGUGCCACAAUUCUUGUUCUUUGUGAUGUUUUUAUUUUGUUUUUGUUAUUUCUUGUUUUUUUGUAUGUGCAUGUGUAACAACAAGGCUCACAAGUGGUGCAGUCGCACCACUUUUACUUUUGUAUGUUUAAUGUUCCCUCAGUCUGUGUCGUGUCCAAUGUGGUGGACAUAAAAAAAAAAAUCUGAAGCUUGCAUAGCUUGACCUUGCUCAUUCGGUUUGCUCGUUUGAAAUAAUCAGAAGUUAUACGUAAAAUCACAUUUUCUGGAGUCGGCCACACCAGCAUUUAAAUAGCUCUCUUAGGAAAUGUCACAGAUCAAAAAGAGAAUAGUAGCAACACUGAUGUCCUCAUUGAAACCUUCAGCAUAACAUCAGACACUUCAUAAGUAGGCCUGUUAACGUUUAUAAUACUUUUGAACAAUACAAAAAACUAUUGGAGUCAGCACUCUGUGUAAUUGCAAGUUGAAAAACACAGUAUUUACAGUAUGUGCAUAUACUGUAUAAUUAUAUAUAUAUGAGGAGUAAUACAAUACAUACAUUUUGACUAAAAAUAUCCAGACACCUUUUCUAAUAAGUUAAAACUUGUCUGCUAUAUUUAGCUUUUUAAAUUGGGCAUUAAAAGAGCCUUACAGAGAUCCAGGUCUGCCCAGGAGUAUUAGUAGCAGGGAAACACCUGCUCAGAGCUAUGGGAAGGUGCAUAAUGCGGGGACAGAGGCAUAGGUUGUACAUUCUCCAUUUAAAAGCAUUUCAAGUCCACAUGUAUCCAGUUAUUUUUAAAAUCAGAGAUUUACCUGCUAGCCUUGUAUUAUAUAAAUUGAAGAAGGAAGAAAACACAGAAAUGAAAUCCUAAAUUACACACUACUUCCCCAGUAAUGUACUAUACAAAGUCAAAAAAUCUAAACAAAGCAUUGUAUAUUUGUUAGAAAACAGUAUUUACAUUUACACUCAUAUGUGCAAAUCUAAAAUCUACAUUUUAGAAUCAGCAUAUUUUUAUGCUUUAUGUAAUUAAGCGAUAAGCAACAAUACACGAUAGGGAGUGCUAUAACGUGUAAUAUUAGCACUGCCACAGGCAGAGUGCCCUAAAUUAGCACUGCAGUGCCAAUAUUUCACAUUAUAGCACAAACUUCAAGUGUAUUAUUGUGAUUAUACCACAGUUCCAUUAUCACUGUUUAUCGAAAGAUUUUGAGUUUAAGAGGAAAGAAAAUACAAUCUGUUCGGUUAUAAAAACUCUGCAAGUUAAAAUAGUUCCAUUGCUGCUCUGUUUGUAGCUGUGCUGUUUGACUUGUAAGCGCUGCAUCGUUGCUAGGUUACCUGUAUGUGGCGGAGUAAUACAUGGAGAGCUUUGGUUGCAGUAUAUUACUGGCUGAUAAUGGCACUCACAGAACUCCAAUCACAUUGGAAAACAAAGAGUGUGUUGUGUCCACUAAUGAUCCAACAUCAGAACCUGAUCUCUUUAAUGCUCUUGUGUCUGAAUGUAAUCAAAUCCUCAUAUCAGUGUUCCACCAUCUACCCCGAAGAGUAGAGGCUGCAGCAAAGGGUUUGACAAACACAUUAUUUAUACUUUUGGAUUGUUAGAUUGGCCUUUAAAUAAUAGAUAAGCAUCACUGUCUGGGUUUUAAUUGGGCAUUUCUGUUAGGAUCCUCUGGACCCACCACAUCACUGACGAGGAAGAAGUAGAAAAGGGAGAAGGAUGAAAGGAGGGAUGGAAGGAUGGAUGGCCUUUUUGCUUAAUUUGUGAAGGAUUCGUCUCGAGUUCAGUUCUUUUCUUACAUUCCAAUGAGCAUAGAAAUUAACGUUUUACUAUUUUUUAUUAUUAUUUGUCAUGAAGGAAAGAUUCAAUAAUAAGAGUAAGUGUGUGUGUCUGUGUGUAUAUGAAUGCAUAUGCAUGUGUGUAAGGACGGGAGGCCCAACUGCACGCGAGCACACACACCAUGCCAACUGACCCCUCCCCAGUGUAAGUGUGUGUGCGCGUGAAUAGGCAUUUGGUGUUAAUUGCAAUGAUCGACAGCACAUCAGAUCAUUGGUCUCUAGAUAUGCUUCUUUGGCCAGUAUUGAUGUAAACUUUCUACACUCUGGGAAGACAUUUUUCAUAAUUUAUUACAUAUUUUUUGUAUGACUUUCUUCUUUAUUUGAAUGUAGUGAAUGAAUUCAUCUAUAGCGCUAAGGUGCUUGUUUUUUUUUUAAGGUUUUACUUUUGUUCAUUUGCACUGUCUUUUAUGCUUUAUUUUGCACCUCAUUUACUGUAGUAAUCAAGCUUCAAAGUUGGAGGCUUCAGUUUACCUUUAGUGCUCGCAUGGAUGGACUGAUGACUGAUGCCUUCUGGGAUGUUGCAUCCCCAGCUUAAUAUCUCAAACUGAUCCGUACUGCUCAAAACAUUGGGACCAAUUAUUACUUUACUACAAUUUUGCUCCAGUUUUCAUAACACAUGGGUGGGUUCCUUGCCCAGUUUGCCAUAGCUCUCUGAUAUUUGUUGAUAUUGAACUUCCUCAUCCAACUAGGAGCAAUUAAAGAAUGUCAAUAGAUAGCUUGAGGCUCUUCAAAGACAAAGGUUAGGAACCCGUGCCUUUGAGUAUCACAUGUUAAAACGAGUCUUAGGCUGUGUUCAGACUGCAGGCAAAUCAGAUUUGUUUCUCAAAUCCAUUGAGAUCACUGUCCAAACUGCAAAAAUUUGCAAGAGAUCAGACUGGAUUUGCCUCUCUUGACAUCACAACCGUGUCAACAUGGGUUGCUGUGAAUGUAAGGAAGUUGGCACCUUUGGUGUUGUUCUUGGACUCCCCAUCUGAUGCAGCUGUACAAAUCUAGUUGAAUCACACUUGUCAACCACCUGCAAAUGUGGUUUGCAUCCAAUUAGUAAAAAUUUGAUUUCAUGCGGUUUCUGGCUGUCCAGAUUUUAAAAUAACCUAGAUACAAUCUAGAUAAACCACAAAUCAGAUUAGAGCUUGCAAUCUGAACAUAGCCUUAAUGCACUUCUGCUUUAAGUGAUUCAUGAAAGUCCAGUCCACACUCUGCUAAGCCACAUUCUCUACAUUUUCACAGAGGAAACAGCUAGCUGUACUUGUACUGUAUGUUAAAACCAUUCUUUUGUUGUCUGUUCUGUCGCCAGCGUCCACAGAAAUCUGUAAAUGGUUUGUAUGUGAUUGAGAGGGAGAAAACAUGCAAUUGAAAAAAAAAAGUUCAAUAAACUCAAACUGGUUCUA